AUGGUUCUGUACAAAGAGAUUCAGGCGUCCAACGCCCGCAUCAGCGAGUCGACGGCACUGCAGGUCGCUGUCUUCGCCGGAGGCACUUCAGGCAUCGGAAAACUCACCAUCAAAGCCCUGGUCAGCACUGGGACAUGCAUGAGGAUCUAUUUGAUCGGCCGCAAGAGCUCUGAGGAGCGCAUGAUAACCUUCAUCCAAGAGCUGCAGGCCAUCAACCCAAGGGCUGAGAUUGUCUGGGCUGAAGGCGAGAUCUCUCUACUGGCAGAGACGAAGCGAAUAUGUGACGUUAUCAAGAGCAGGGAGCCUCGUGUUGAUCUACUGUUCCUUACAGCGGGAUACGCCCCCUUCGGCGGACGCCAGGAGACGGCAGAGGGCAUAGAAACCUCCCAGAGCCUGGAGUACUACUCCCGCAUACUCUUUGCUCUCCACCUCCUCCCUCUGCUAAACAAGGCCGAGGCACCCCGGGUCGUCAGUGUCCUGUCCGGGGGCCUUGAGAAGACGAGCAUCGACCUGGAUGACCUGGACCUCAAGCGGCCGGGCAACUUUGGCAGCGUCAAGGCCCAGAUGCAGUACGGGACAAUGAACAGCAUAGGCUGGGAGAAGCUCGCCCAAGCCAAUCCCAACGUCACCUUCAUUCAUUCCUGGCCUGGAUUUGUCAAUACGGGGAAUGCGAGGAGAGGAUGGGAUCCCAACUCAAUCAUGGCCUGGGUUGUCAGGCAUAUCCUGGAGCCUCUUCUUGGACUAUUCGCUUUCAGUGAUGAAGAAUCGGGAGGGAGACACCUGUUCCAGUGUACCAGUGCAGCCUAUGGCGGUCGUGGUGUUCCAUGGCAGGGGACACCAGGCGUAAACACUCUAGAGAAGGAGGAAAACGGCCUGUUUCUGGUCAACUAUAAGUGUGACUGUACACCAAAUGCAAAGGCCAUGAAUACACUCCGCGAGACGGCGCGGGAAAAGGUCUGGGACCAUACACAGAAAGUGCUUCAACCCUAUUUGUAG